CGGAGCGUCGCCCUCGCUGACGGGAUGCGCCUCCCUCCGCUGAGGAGUUUCGGUGCCUCUCAGGGGCGGCAGUAGGAUCCCGCCCUUUCCUCCUUCCUUUGGAUUUUCCCUUCCGCCUUCCCCCCUCCCCCUUUCCAACGGAAGGGCUGGGGCUGCUUUCGGUCGGCGGCGUGGGCAAUGGCGGACCCGAAUUUCUUGUGGGGAGUCUUCCAGAGGGUCGACAAGGACCGCAGCGGGAUCAUUUCGGACCUCGAGCUCCAGCAAGCGCUUUCCAACGGAACAUGGACUCCAUUUAACCCAGCAACAGUUAGAUCUAUCUUAUCCAUGUUUGACAGAGAGAACAAAGGCGGUGUGAACUUCAACGAAUUCACAGGAGUCUGGAAAUACAUCUCUGACUGGCAGAAUGUAUUUCGUACAUAUGACAGAGACAACUCUGGAAUGAUUGACAAACAUGAACUAAAGCAAGCACUAACAGGUUUUGGUUAUCGGCUUUCUGAGCAGUUCUAUGAUCUUCUUAUUCAGAAAUUUGACAGACAAAGAAGAGGACAGGUGGCAUUUGAUGACUUCAUUCAGUGCUGCGUUGUUCUGCAGAAAUGGACAGAUGUCUUCAGACGAUAUGAUACUGACCAAGAUGGCUGGAUACAAGUGUCUUAUGAACAGUACCUUUCCAUGGUGUUCAGUGUCGUAUGAUAGUAAACACUGACCGCAGUAUGGACUUUAAUAUCACAACAAAAUAACUUAAAUAUCAAGACAGAAAUUGAUACCUUUUCAUCCCCAUGUAAGGUCCAGGAAAGGCUUCAUUGUGCAUUACCUUAGGAUGUUAUUGCCCUAGCGUCUGCUGCUCAGUAAUUCAGAAUUGCAUCAUGUACCUUACAUUGCUUAAAUGCCAAACAGUAGAAGUAAUUCUCAUUCCAACUUAAGCACUAUUGCAUGUGCCUUUUUUUUAAAGUAGAAUAUUAAAUCAAGCUUCAGUUAUAUCAUUUUCCUAUCAAGACUUCUUGAAAUAUUUUUUGCUGUAAUGAGGUACUUGUUACCUCUUUGCUCAGGCUGUAUCUGCUAAUUUGUUCAGGAUAUAUAUCUUUCUUAUAAGACUGUUUUAUCCAAGCACAGUUCUCUGCAGUUCUUCUUCCAUGGUCUUCUGGUACUUUGCUUCAGUGCUGCUGAAAUGCAGUGCAACUCCCCAGAUGUUUUCCAAACUAUAAUUACCAUAAUCGGCCCCAUGAGCAUUUCAUCAAAAUGUUGGUACCAAUAAUGGCAUUUUCUUCAUCAAAAUCAAGUCAUCCUGUUAUCUUGCUUGGAUGUUUUGCUGAAAGCUCAUACUCGAAAGGAAAGCAGAAACGGAUCUCAAGUUGAUCAUACAUUGGAAAGACAUGAUUAAUUAUAAAAAGAGCCACCUAGAAUUGACAAGAACCUUGAUGCGCCUAGGAGCUGAAACAGACACCAUAAAAAGUUGUGUCUUCCUCAGAACAUUGGUAUCACGUCUAAUUCAAUUAAGAUCAGCAGAUGUGAUGCACAUGGCAAGAGCACUAGGUAUAUUGAUAUCAAAACUAUGGCUAAUCCCAUGGAUGAGGACUUUGCAAAUAUUCCUGUGAUCGUAUCAACUGGAAAUAAUAAAAAGACAUUUGUUACAACACUG